CGAGCGAAGAUAACAGGAAAACAGACGUCUUUGGAAAUAUUUUUACGGCGAAAAGGGCACCUGAUGAGCCUACAACCUCGAAGACCCACGAACUGCGAAGGAGUGGACUCGUAACCCGUUUGUGAAUAAUCAGAGAGAUCGCAAAUGACAGCGACCUUAUUAAACGUACAUUUGAGACAACAACUCUACCGAGGUUCUGGAUUAAAGUCAUUCUGGAAUAUCCUGACAUCGCGACAAGAGCGUUGAAAACCUUGCUACAAUUUCCAACAUCGUAUCUUUGUGAAGCGGGCUUCUUAAUUAAUGUUUAACGACAACGCGAAGUCCUUAAUGGUGAGCGCGGUGUGCAGCUGUUGUGUGAAGCUUACAUGGCAGGAUGAAUCUGAGGAGAAUUUUCCUGCAAGUCCUUCCAUGAUCAAACGAAUGGCAAUAUAUAAGAAUGUCUUGAUCAUUGUUCUCGUGGCAACUCUGUUUAUUCUGGAAACAGGAAAUGUCAUCAAAUUCUCAAAGCUGUUGUCACAGGUGCACUCUGGAGAACCUCACAUCAGUAGGGAGAAAAGGGCGGAUCAGCCUGGACAGUAUGAGUAUGAAGUUUCCUUUGAGCUAAAUGUGAAGAGUGUUGAGACAGUGGAAUAUCUUCGCACCCUGCUAAACAACGGUAGCGUUUCUCUGCCCCUGCGUCUGGAUUCCACUGCAAAUCUGACACACAUUGAAAUCACCACAGUUUGCUCCUCAAAUGCGAGCAACGUCCUGUGCAGAUGUGAAGAAGACUAUGUUUGGCCAUAUGACAAUUGUACGACAUAUCAAGCCUGUGAUGAGAUUGUUAAUGAUACCUGCACUUGUAUCAAGAAUAUGCCCCCCGGGGAGCAAUAUUGCCAACCCAAGACAGGUAUAAUACUGUAUUCAACCAUCACAAGCUUCACAACAAAUCCAUCUUCCUCAACAACAUAUACAACAUUGUUUUCCACAGCUUUUACAAGCACUACUACAAGAGCAACUCCAGGACAAAGCACUUCAACCACUUUUGACACUACAAUAACAGAAGCACCAACAACAGUCACUACUAUAGGACCAAGCUCUUCAACCACGUUUGACACCACAAUAACUAAAGCACCAACAACAGUGACAAGUACAACACCAGUCUCUACAGCUGAUACAAACACUACAAUAACUACAACAGCAACUACAGGACAAAGCUCUUCAACCACUUUUAACACCACAAUAACUGAAGCACCAACAACAGUGACAAGUACAACACCAGUCUCUACAGCUGAUACAUACACGACAAUAACUGCUACAACAAACACAACAUUGUUCUCUACAGCUUUUACAAGCACUACUACAAGAGCUACUACAGGACAAAACUCUUCAACCACUUUUAACACCACAAUAACUGAAGCAUCAACAACAGUGACAACUCCAUUCUAUAUCCAUACCAUCAUCUCUAUUGAGUUCAACGCCACAGAUAUGAAGGUGAUAAACCUACUGAGGGACAUUCUGAGAAACACCAAUUACCCUCUUGAGAUAAACAGCUAUGCAAAAAUCUCUGAUGCCAAUAUCACUACAGUUUGCAGUCCAAGCAGUGGCAGUUACCAAUGCAGAUGUGAGGAGCAGUAUCGUUGGCCAAGUGACCAGUGUUUUUUGUAUGGCUCAUGUGACAACAUUACAAAUGACACAUGUGGAUGCAUCAAUGCCAUUCCUUUUGAUGGAAACUAUUGCCAAUCUGUUGAUCAACAUGACUUUACAGCUUCUCCAUCAACAACGACUCCAGCAACAACAACAUUGCCUUCAUUUUAUUAUGAAUAUAUCAUCUCCAUUGAGCUAACCACCCAAAAUAUGAGUGUGGGAACCCUGCUGAGGGACAUUCUGCAAAACGCCACUUAUCCCAUUUUCAUCAGUCACUCCUUAAAAAUCUCUGAUAUUAUCCUGACUACAGUUUGCAGUCCAGGCAGUGGUGGUUACCAAUGCAGAUGUGAGGAGCAGUAUCGUUGGCCAUGUGACCAAUGUUUUUUGCAUGGUUCAUGUGACAACAUUAUAAAUGACACAUGUGGAUGCAUUGAUGCCAUUCCCUCUAGUGGAAUCUAUUGCCAAUCUGUUGAUGAACAUGACUUUACAGCUUGUCCUUCAUCAACUACGACUCCAACAACAACAACAUUGCCUUCAGUUGAUCAUGAAUAUGUCAUCUCCAUUGAGCUAACAACCCCAAAUAUGUAUGUGGUAACCCUGCUGAGGAACAUUCUGCUAAACGCCACUUAUCCCAUUUUCAUCAACAACUUCUUAAAUAUCUCUGAUAUCAACCUGACGACAGUUUGCAGUUCAAGCAAUGGUGAUUACCAGUGCAGAUGUGAAAAUCUGUAUAGUUGGACAUGUGACCAGUGCUCACAGUACGGAUCAUGUGGUAACAUCACGAAGGACCCUUGUGGAUGCAUCAAUACCAUUCCUUCUGAUGGAAUGUAUUGCCAAUCCAUUGAUCAACACAAUGCCACUUGUCUCAUCCCAAUUACCUCUCUUACAACACUGAAAACAACACUGACUUCCACACCUGUAUCCCCAACAACUCCUGUAACAAAUAAUACAACUCCAUCACCAACACCGGAUACUACAACACCGCAGACAACACCAACAGUAACAAACACAACACUGACUUCCACACCUGUAUCCCUAACAACUCCUGUAACAAAUAAUACAACUCCAUCACCAACACCGGAUACUACGACACCGCAGACACCGCCAACAGUAACAAACACAACGCUGACAUCCACGCCUGUAUCCUUAACAACUCCUGUAACAAAUAAUACAACUACAUCAGCAACAACGGAUACUACGACACCGCAGACAACACCAAGAGUAACAAACACCACCAAGGUUACGCCAACGACUCCUAAAACCACUGCCAAAACUACUCCUGAUCCCACGACAGCCACGACAAAGGCAACCACUCCUAAAACCACCGCCAAAACUACUCCUGAUCCCACGACAGCCACAACUUCAGCAACCACUAAAGAGACUACAGAUACCACCAAGGCUACGCCAACGACGAAGGCUACCACUCCUAAAACCACCCCCACAACUCCUGGUCCCUCGACAGUCCCUCCUGCAGUAAAUGAAUUGCAAAUGACCAUAAGAUUAGGCAGAGAUUACACUGCAGAAUUGAGUGAUCAAACAAGUUCUGCUUUCAUUACAUUGAAGAAUAAUAUCACUACUUAUUUACUUGAGGCCUAUGAAGGACUCACAGGCUUUGUCGGUGUUUCUGUGACGAGGUUCAGACCAGGAAGUGUGAUAACAGACUUCACAAUUAGAACAUCACAAGUCAACAAUGAAGAACUAACUGUGGCGAAUGAAAAACUUCCUGAAGUAAUGCGGCCUAUUGGGCCUGUCAUUGGUGGUGUUACUGUACGUUACAGGAGUACAAUUGAUAUUGAACCUCCAUCCUUGACAUACACUGGUAGGUCAAUGACAUUGAGAUGUGGCCCCCCUCCUGAGAGCAUUAAUUUGGGAACCAUCACUGCAGCAAAAUGGAAAUUAAAUGGAAAGGAAAUCCAAAACAGUGGACGAACUCAAAUCGCUUCAUCUGGAACACAAUCAGUGCUUACAGUCAACAAUGUAAUUCUGGCUGAUAAAGGUCUUUAUGAAUGUAACUUAAUGGGCAGUCUUUUGACUUUUGUUCAAGUGGGACGUGCAUCAAAUAUCAGACAAGCACCAAAUGUGCGAGUACCAGGUAAAAUCAAUGUUAAGUGUUCAGAAGGAGGGACACAGUCACUUCAGUGUUGUGUGCAGCGCGACUACACUGUCAAGUGGUUUCAGGGCUCAAGUACUUUAAACUCAGAGAUCACGAAUUCUGCAGAAAGCUACUGCAUUUUACACAGAUAUAGUCUAAGCGGCUGUGGAGAUUCACCGACUCAAGAAUUAAGUUUUACAUGUAAAGUGGACAACCCAGAUGACUUUGAAGCAAAAACAACAAUAAUCAUUUUUAAUGAGGAUAUCACAUGUAGAGAUAGGCUGUAUGGGAAUGGACGACCAGGUGACAUCUCAACCACAGCAUGUGAUCCUGGUCUGGAGGGAAGCAGGACUGCACAAUGCCAGGCCACAGGAGAAUGGAUUCUUCUGGAAGACAACUGCAUUCUGACUGAAAUCAAGGACUUGCUAAUUGAUUCUGAGGAUUUGGUUGAAGAGGAAAUACCAGAAUUUGCUGCAAAUCUGAGUAAAGUUACAGAGGACGAAAAACAAGAAAUUGUGAAUUCAUCAGCAACCAUAUCGGCUAUUGUUGGCAUCCUGAGCACCAUUGCCGCUGUUUCUACUGAAGUGGAAAAAGGUGUCAUGGAGGAUGUGCUCCAAACAGUUGACGUCCUCAUUAGUGACGAUGCAAGGGAAUCCUGGGAAAUCCUGAGAGAAAACGUCACUCGUAAUGACAGCUCAGAAUUGCUGAAUUCACUCGAGACUCUCUCUGAUGAAUUAGUGGGGGAGUUUACCAUCAGGACUGGAUUAAUAUUGCUAAACACGACAACGUUCGACGACUCUUUUUCAGCAGAACUCAACUCCAGUGUUACCAUUGAUAUUCCAAACGCCGACAGUACGAAUAUCUCCAUCACAACCAUCAUUUUCGCCACCCUGGAUAAUGUCCUGCCACCACGAAACUCCAGCUUUAACAGCACCCUGACAAACGACAACAGCACAACACCUUCAUUUAAUAACACCAUUAAUGCUGCAGUGGCCCUUGUCAGAGUAAAAGCCGACAUUCAGAAUGUUACCCUGAGCUUCAAAAAAGACAACAACUCCCUGACAGAGGAUCCACAGUGCGUUUUUUGGAAUUUCUCCCUUUUUGACAACUUCGGUGCUUGGGACGACGAGGGUUGCACUUUUGUUUCCGAUAUAAACAACACGGUGACCUGCAACUGCAACCACCUGACCUCGUUUUCGAUCCUGAUGGCGACAGAUAUCCCAGAAGCGAUACGGGUUGCUUUAGAUGUUAUCACGUAUGUCGGAGUUGGCAUAUCUAUAGCGAGUCUUCUCAUAUGUCUCAUCAUUGAAGGAUACGUUUGGAAAGCCUUGACGAAAAACAGCACUGCGUUCAUGCGCCACGUGUGCAUUGUGAACACGGCCCUGUCUUUGCUUAUUGCAGACAUUUGUUUCAUUAUUGCUGCCUCUUAUGCUAAGAACCCACUUGAAAACCCAGGGGAAGACUAUAAGGUUCCACUAGGGCCAUGUACCGCGGCAACGUUUUUUAUGCACUUUUUCUACCUGGCUCUUUUCUUCUGGAUGCUGGCCUCGGGUCUUCUUCUACUCUACCGAACGGUUAUGGUCUUCUCCCAUAUGUCGAAAUCAGUCAUGAUGGCUAUUGGCUUUCUUUUGGGCUAUGUGUGUCCUCUUAUAAUAGCUGUUGUGACUGUUGCUGCCACAGCCCCAGGAAAAGGAUACAUCAGGGAAAACGAUGCGUGUUGGCUUAACUGGGUCAAGACCAAAGCCCUUCUGGCUUUAGUGAUACCUGCCUUGACUAUUGUUGCUAUCAAUUUUUUAAUUGUAAUUGUGAUCGUGGUCAAAAUGUUGAGAAGAAGUGUAGGAGAUGCAGCCCGUAUUGAGGAAAAGCACACCCUGGCUGUCGUUUUUAGAUGUGUGAUUAUUUUGACACCUUUAUUUGGACUGACGUGGGGUUUGGGAAUAGGAACCAUGGUAUCGUCCACAAAUAAGGGGAUCCACAUUGCAUUUGCUUUCUUCAAUUCUCUGCAGGGUUUCUUCAUUUUAGUGUUUGGGACUCUACUGGAUGCAAAGAUCCGAGUCCUUCUCGCCAAAAAACGACAUGUAUCAAGCUCAGGGUCUGGCUCCAAUCAAACUGCAAGUACAAGUGCUGGUUCUUCUUCAUUAAGUGGUCUAAAAUGGUUCCGAAAACUUCGUGGAAAAAAACAUGUCUACCGGGUGUCAGACAUUGUGAACUCAAGCAGUUCUGGUGGCGCCGAGUCAUUCUCCAAUAUUUGAAUCAGAUAAUCACUCAGAAAAUGGGUUUCACGAAAAGAUUUAAGAAAUCUGAGCAUCAAUAUUUGUUGUGUUGCAACAGUGCAGUGGGUUUAUUAAACUGACAUGCUUUUUUAAUUUAUACCAGAAUUGUGUGGAAUGCCUGAUUUGCAAGUUAAAUGCUGUCAUAUUCAAGGCCUUAACUUUGAUAGUGGCAAUGUAUUGAUAAAUGCUGAUACUCAACUGCAUCCUUGCUGAACAUCCCUUUUUAUUAUACAAGCCAACAUAACACACAGCUACGCACUCCUCCGACGUCGGCCGGUUUUUCCGGCCGUUAUUCUCCAGCUGCUUCCCUGGCAAAUGAGCUCUCCUGCUCACAGCAGGGGAACGACAAACUGUAACUUGCUCGCCGCCAGGGGAGGUUUCCGAUCAGCCAAGACAAUCGACAACCCCGCCGCCAUGUGACAUGAACCGGGGUACUUUUAUGUGAUUUUUCGCUUCGAAAUGCAAGAAUAAGACUUGGAAACUCUGUUCGGGUUAGCAUGUUGGCUAGCUGUCACAGCUCCUUGUUUGUUUACGCUCUCCGAAACCAUGGCAAGGAAAUGACAAAAGCCGGACAAAACUCCGGUGGCAUAAAAUAUCGUUCAGGAGGUGCAAGAAGUCGACAGUUUUGACCACUAUGGACUAAUUAUGCCAGCUCGUACUGAAUAAAUGCAUCUUUAAUAUUUCAUUUAGCACAAGACUGUUAUUUGUCAUGACCAUACCAUCUAUUUAGCAAUCGGGGAAAAUACUUACAUUAAAAAAUAUCCCGUAAAAAUAUUGGGGUACAGAUAUUCAAACAAUGACAUUUUGCUGUUCUCUUUGUCGCAUUUUCCUCAUUAUAAAUAAUUCCCCCUCAAUGGGCUGCAUUCUAAAUCAGAUGAAAUCGUGACCCUGCCGACGUCAUCCUCCAGCUGGGGACGCUAGAGCGCUAUAAUGACAGGCAGGGGUAAACGGCAGAUUAAAAGACUAAUUUCUUGUCAUCUGCGCUUUGCCAAAAUGUUGUAUAUAGUCGAAUCGUCUCAAAAUAUUAUUCUAAUUCACAUAAUAAUGCUAUUUAAGAUUUUUUUUGUGCUGUCACGGGCACUUUAAGCCUGCAAGAACUGCACGCUAUUUAAAUAAGACUAAAACACGUUGCUAUUUGUGUGAUUACAAUCAAUGUCAACACAACAAUAACAGUGAAAUAUUUGAGUUUUUUUUUUUUUUUUUUUUUUACAAAGACUAACUUUGACAUGCUUUUAGCAAAUAGAAUGCUUAUGACUCAUGUGGCUGGACAUUUUUUGAAUGCUGCAUACUUGACCAAGCAUCGACGUCUUGCAUGACUAAAAAGAGGGUAGUGGAGUGUCUUUCAUCGCAUAAAAUAACAUUUGCAGUACAUGCAACAAGCCAUGCAUGCACUUUUUGAUUCAUUUGAUUGGUAAAUGAAAUGCUUAUGCAGUAUGUUGGAAUUAACUGUCAUGAGUCAGAGAUAAUAGUUUUGUCAUUGAACCCAGAGGUGUCGUAGACGUAAUACAAUAUAGAGCAGGGGUCCCCAAACUACGGCCCGCGGGCCGGAUACGGCCCCGCAGCCACAUUUGGUCCGGCCCCCUGAACAAAAAAAAAAAAAAAAAUAAUAAAUUUUUUUUUUUUUUUCCCCAAUAGAGUUAUUUAUGUCCUGGCUUUUUUCUGUGAAGAACUGAGCAAUGGUUAUUUGGUUAUUAUCUAUUUAAUUAAUACAGUAUUAUUAUAUUAUAUUACAUUACAUGAUAUUAUAUUAUAUUAUAUUAUAUUCAGGGGUGCACAUAAGUGGUCCGCACAUGCGUACUGGACGUAGGCAAACGCGCUGGCCCUCAACGGCUUCCAUACGCUUUUGCGUACCGAUGGCUGACCACUAUUUGCGGCGGACACGAGAAAAUAACUUCUCAAAAUGUCGAUGAGGCAGGCCACACUGAGUAAUUACUUCCGUGUUCCCCCACCCCCGUCAAAAGACAGACAGACGACAGAGACGUCACCGGAGCUACCGAAAAAAAGGACUUUUGCUGAAAAGCGGCUACAGGAGGUACCAUGGCUAGAAGUGAAUGAUGCUCGCACGGAAAUGCGGUACAAAAUGUGCCGUGAGAAUCCCAAUGUCGCCGAUUAGAGCAACGCAUUUUAUGUAGGGUCAAAGAAUUUCAGCCAUCCAAACUUUGAAAAGCACGAAAAAAACAGAGCAUGUGGCAAUUAAGCAAACUAUCGAUGUCAAACAGGACCCCACUCGCCCUAUGGACAUGUGGCGGAAUAGGGCGGAAUAAAGGUAAUGAACAGCGACAUGCACUGACAAACGUGUUUCUGCUCGCAUUUUACAAAGCUAAACAUACACGUUCAAUGAGGUCUUAUGAGGAGGACAUCCCACUUUUAAAAAGGCUUGGAGUUAAUGUGGGAGCCGCAUAAUGCCCUUUAUUUUGAAUUGGUGCUUUUAUGUUUAUUUCUUUACAUUUCACUUCAAAGUAAUGGCAAUUUUGUUGUGCCAGUUGAUGUUAAUCAAGCAUUAACUGUUAAUAUAAUUAAUCAAAGUUAAUUGGCUCUAAGUAAAGCUUGUCAUAAAUUUAUCGCAUCAGGUGGGUCGGCUCUCAAGCUCAAUGAGGACCAAGUCACAUCUCCAGGUCCUCCUCUGAGAACCUGGGCAAAAAAAUUAUGUGCACCCCUGAUUAUAUUAUAUUGUAUUAUAUUAUAUUAUAUUGAGGGCUGUCAAAGUUAUCGCGUUAACGGGCGGUAAUUAAUUUUUUUCAUUAAUCACGUUAAAAUAUUUGACGCAAUUAACGCAUAUGCCCCGCUCAAACAGAUUAAAAUGACAGCAGUGUCAUGUCCACUUGUUACUUGUGUUUUUUGUCUCCCUCUGCUGGCGCUUGGGUGCGACUGAUUUUAUGCACCAUGAGCAUUGUGUAAUUCUUGACAUCAACAAUGGUGAGCUACUAGUUAAUUUUUUUGAUUGAAAAGUUUACCAAUUUUAUUAAAACGAAAACAUUAAGAGGGGUUUUAACAUAAAAUUUCUAUAAUUUGUACUAAAAUCUAUCUUUUAAGAACUACAAGUCGUUCUAUCCAGGGAUUGCUUUGACAGAAUAUUAAUGUUAAUGCCAUCUUGUUGAUUUAUUGUUAUAAUAAACAAAUACAGUACUUAUGUACAGUAUGUUGAAUGUA